AGCUUUUGUGGCUUAAGCCAGGCGUGGCUCAAGCCAAGUUUUGGGUUUCCAGAGUGGUGCGAUGUGUCGCGCGCGAUAUGCCGCCAACCCUUUAUCGAAUUGGGUUCAAUGUUGGUCUCUGGGCCCUGGGCGGGGUCUUGCCGUUGAGGACCACGGCAGCCGCCAGCCCAUCUAAAUGGGACGUACUGCAAGGCAUCAUCCAGGAGGCCGGAGAGGCAUUGGAAAGAGCGAGCCAAAGUGAUAAUGGUUCAAACGACGGUUUGUUGCCAGUUAUGAAGCGACUUCAGGAGGCCGUCGAGAAGGUGCCACCCGGAGAGGACGAAACCGAUACAAGCAUGAUUGAAACGAGGGUGCAUAAUUUCCCAAGGCUUUUGGACAGAGCGUGCCAGCGAAUGUUAGGCGGAUUGGAACGACAGCUUUAUCACGCUGUGAAGACCUUUCCGAGAGACAAGUUGCGCAAGCGGACUACGCGCAGCGGGCAGAGUUAUAUCGGCUUAUGUUGGAAUCCAGGCACCGCGAGAGCAUCCCACGUGUUGGCUCAUGGUUGACAGACGUAGCAUCUGGCCGCCGAUUCAAAGAUUGGGGAGGGCCCCCAACAGGCAUCAGCAAACAUUUCGGCCCUGUGCGGAAAUCUUUCGCGGUUGACAGGAUCGCCAGCACCGAGGUAAGUAAGUUCAGGGCGAACUACCAGGGACAAUUGCCUGUGGUUCUAACGGGGCUGGCAGAGACCUGGCCCGCCCGGAAAAAGUGGACCCUGGAUUAUCUGAAGGACAAAAUCGGACGUGCAGUAGUCAAGGCCGUUUUCCCAGAGAGGUCAGACGGGUGGGUAAACGAGAUCGCCGUCUUCAACAUGGAGACAUUCGAUUGUUCAGCGUUCCCCCGGGGGAAAAGCAGGAACGACCUUCUGCAUCUUGUGGGUAAGUGGGCUAUUGUGCGUCCGCCUUCCGCGCAUGCGCGGCUGGCCGACGUUUUGUCGGCAAUGUCGAACAGUAGCGGAGAGGUCCCCAUCUAUGUGAACCAGCUCAACAUGUUUGAAGGUUUGGAGCCGCUUCUUGAAGAUCUAGGAGAUUUGCGUAUUCAUGAGUCGCAUGCCCGUGAGCCUCAGCAUGCCAAAGAUCUAUUCGUGACUAAUGCAGUAGCUGUUGUCGGCCUGCACUACGACAACGACGACAACUUCAUCACUGUUUUGAAAGGAACUAAGGAGAUUUUAUUGUAUCCCCCAGGAGAACACAGGCGUGUAUACAACAAUCCUCUCGUGAAUCUGUUGGUGGACUUUUCCCCCGAGGCGAGACGGAAGCCGUGCCAUUUCAUCGUGUCGAGUGCUUUCAACAAGAACCAUUGUGAGGUGAACGAGAUGCAACCAGAUGUCGAGGGAGGGCACCCGAUGUAUGCCAAGGCUAAUGGAACUUCUCUCACCGUACACGCAGGCGAAACAGUCUACAUACCGGCAAAAUGGUUCCAUGCAGUCAGGACCGUACCUGCUGCAGAUGGCGGCUAUGCGUUGGCCGCCAACGCAUGGCUCCCUCCACCACCAGCGAGAGCUCGAGAGAAGAAGAUCGCUAAUGCUGCGAGAAAGCGCAGCGCCAAGAAGCGGGAGCUGUGACUGAGUUUUAUCUUGGUUGAAGGAUUGAUCUCCUUCCUGCCCAGGCCCUCCCCCCCCCGAGACGCGUUCACGACCGCGCGGCAGAAGGCGCAGAGACCCUUCGCCCUCUGCCGCGCGUCGUCCCUCCUGCCUUCUUUGUUUUGCCAGGCUUCCAGCCAAGCUUCCACCAGGCGUCUUUUGCCAUCAGGCUUCCAUCAGGCUUCCUUGCUUCCAUUCGGCUUCCUUUGCUCGGCGGCGUCUUUUGCCUUCAGGCACAUGCCGCUUGCCAAGACAAAUCUGCGCCCAAUCGCUCGAUCUCGUUUAGUCGCGUCAGCUCGAAGCUGUCCAGCGUUUAGAUGUUAGUAGCGCAUGCACCUAUGGUUUCUCCAGACGGGAGGAUUCGACGUCCAGCACGAAAAAAACAAUCCAUCGUCUUGCCGUUUCAUGUUUUGCGCGUAGUUGUUGUUCAUGUGUGUUUGCUCAUUGAUACGCACACCGUGGAUGUGGCAAGAAGCUGGCGGGCGCAAGACGUGCCAGCAGGGCCCGUGUUAGCCAAAUGGACCUGCCAACCAGAUGGUGGUGUUCGUGAGGUUGUUUGCUUUUCGAGCGGCUGCGCCGAAAAAGUGCUACCAUCUUUGCUGAGCGAUA